AUGGCCACGGUCGCGGUGGUGGUCGUGGCCGUGGCCGCAGCCGAGACCGUGGUCGCGGCAAUGGUCGUGGUCGUGGUCGCCGUGGCGGCGGCGGUCGCGCUCAAGAAGGUGGGGAAGACUGGGUGGUGUGCCCAUCGCCUCAUCGAUGCCCUGGUCGGAGUGACAGCCAAAGCGGUGAAGUCCCGGUCAGGCGUUGGUGUUCUGGAGGACGUCAUUGGGGACAAAGUGAGCAUGUCGUCGUUCAAGAAGCUGAUCACCGCCGACCUCUCGAGCAUGGCUGUCGAAAGCAUCGGCCGCUUUCUUGACGUCAUCUUUGGCUCGAGUAUUUCUCGCAUCAUACGGUCGAAUGUCAAGGCCGACAUUGUCCUUGCCGUCGCUCAUGGCGUCUUCUUCCGCAACAUCAAGGUGCUCGGGGCCAUGAGAAGCAUCGACGAGUGCGCGCUUCGUGGUCUUGUUCGGGCAGCCUAUGCCAUGGUGAUGGCUGCCGAUCCAAAGACCGGUAACUACAGUCUCGGGGGGGCAGACGCCGUUGUUCCCUGUGAGGUCUCUGACCUCCUUGCGGCUCUUGGCGCCCAAACUGCCGUUAUGUCCGGGGAUCUCUCGCAUGAGACGCAGUGUGCACUGGACGACCUGGUGAAUCUGUCCCGCCGGCAGCUGCCGCGCGUGGCCAAGCUGCCUGGUGAGAUGGCUGCCACAGGUGCGCGGUUCCGCAACGAUCGGGCUGACUAUCGGUGCAUCGAGGUCGCGCCGCAGCUUGCUGAGCUCGCCUACACCGGCACGGAUCUAGCUCUUCCGUUUCGUCCGCAUCCGUCGACCGCUGCGGACCUUCCGCUCGCAGCUUUUCGUGAGCUCGACCCGGGCGAGGCGCAGAGCAUGCUCCACAUCGAGACGCCGCGCUCGCUUGAUGACGACGGUUACCGGCUUGAGGGCUUACUCGAUCUCAACUUUCGGCUCAUGCGGCACGACAUGCUCGAGCCGAUGCGCGCUGGCUUUGUGCUGGCCAAGGAGAUGCAGCCGAGCCAGCUGCCUCUCCUUGCCAACGCAGCUGGUCGGAUCCGGCUCCGCCACAGCGGCCGCUCAUCGCGAAGCAAGUCUUCGAAGAGCCCCCGCAAGCUCAAGGAGCAGCGCCAUCGCCUCGAGGAAGUCCUUAGCAAUGCGCCAGCCUUUGUGCGCCAGUCAGCCAACGACAUCAUUGUCCUCGGCCACGCCUCUGUCAUCCACAUGGGCCUCGACAAGCGCGCCGGCUCAACCGCUACCAUCCAGUUCCGAGUCCCAGACAAGGCGCUCGAGAAAGGCACCGCCGCCUGGCCGGGCUUGCCCAGUGAUGACGAGAAGAAGCGCGCGUGGAAGACGUCACUGCAAGCGAUGAAGGAGUGGUGGGGGCAGAGCAAGACGCUCUCGGUCGGUACGCUCGUCACGAUCUGUGACGAUGCCGGGAACUCGUUCACGGGUGUAGUUUGCUUUCUGACGCGGCCACGCGGCGAGUCGCGGUACGACUUUGACCAUGAGCGAGCGUGUGGCUACGUGACCAUCCGCGGCAUCGGGACCAAGGUCGUCCACUCUGAUCUAUUGGUCGGGGAUCUGGUCGCCAACUCGCGGCGCAAGCGGGUUGGCAUUGCCGGCAUGGACGACCUCAUCAAGUACCGCCGCGGCACUCUCACCCUUAUCAUCUCUGCCGGAGACUCGUUCUUUGCCUACGAGCAUGUUCUCAACUCGCUUCAGAGGCUCGGUCGAGACUCGCUGCUCACUCUCGACCUCCGCGACGUGCUCACCCAGUCGCCGCGAUCGCGCGGUCCGCGGCUGUCUAUCCCAAACUACAUCGCGUCGCUCGACAGAAUCGAUCUCUCGUGGGUUCUCACCGAUGCCGAGAAGGAGACCAUGGGCGAUGCUUACCUUUCUUAUGACCCACAUGAUCCAGCUUGCUUCCCAAGUGCCUCACUCUUGGCCGCGUCGUCGCUCGACGAGGCGCAGGUGGCAUGCAUCAAGCUCGCGCUCACGACGCGAAUGAGCAUUAUCCAGGGCCCACCUGGAACCGGCAAGACCUACGUUGGCGUGCGAAUUGUGCAGCUGCUGCGCGCCAUCCUUGAUCGGAGCCCUGAUGAUGUGUCCGGGCCGAUUCUCUGUGUCUGCUUCACCAACCAUGCGCUCGACCAGUUCCUCGAAGCGCUUCUCGCUGUGGGCAUGACCAAGAUUGCUCGUGUCGGUGCACGCUCCAAGUCGGAGGCACUGCAGGAGCUCUCACUUCACAACCUCCGGUUGAGGCACAACAACGAUCGCGGCAAUCGCGACUACGGCAGGGCCAUGCGCAAGGCGCUGGAUUGUGUCAGGAGCUACGACUUCGAUGUGAGCAAGCUCUGCAACGCCGACUUGGACAGCAUGGUUGAAGUGCUGUACACCGAGGGCGAUGGGCAGAGCCAUGGCUCGGUUGACGAGCUCGUCGCUUCGCUUUACAACCUUUCUGCCGGCAUGGAGCUGAGCGAGUGGGCGCGGUGCGCAGUGUGGCGGGAGCGCAAGCGCGAUGUCGAGGCCCAGAUCAAGUUCAUCGAGAGUGCAACUAUGGCCGACGGACGAGAGCGCAAGAAGAGCCAGCAGGAGCUCGGCCUCCCAGCUAUGAGCAAAAACCCCGCAGGUGGCGGCGCACCGUCGCAGCCAUGGCUUGAGGAGCAGGUGGCAGCGGCGCGGGCUGAGCAGGCUGAGCAUCUCGCUGCGCUCAAGCGUGAGCGGGCUGAUCUCGUGCAGAAGCUGAUGUCUAGGGCUGCACCGACUGGCGAGAAAGUGGUGCUUGACGAGCUGACGAGUCGGGACUUGCAGAAGCUGACACAAGCCGAGCGGAACGCGGUGGUGGCAGCGAUUCGGGCGCACUUUGCGAUGGAGUGGCGUGAGAAGCUGGAGAUGUACGAGAAAGGCCACGCCAAUGCGCGAAAGGCGAUGGAGGAGGUCGAGGCGUCGCGUAAUCGUGAGAUAUUGCUGAACAUGCAGGUGAUAGGCGCGACAACGUCCGGGAUGGCCAAGUACGGGGCUAGUCUCACCGGGAUUGCCAAGGUGGUGGUGUGCGAGGAGGCGGCCGAAGUGUCUGAAGCGCACCUCUUUGCGACGUUGUCCAAGGGCGUGGAGCAUGUGGUGCUCAUCGGUGAUCACUUCCAGCUCCGACCCAAGGUCAACAGCUACCAGCUGCAGACCGAAUCGGGACGGGGGCAUAACUUGGAUGUCUCGACGUUUGAGCGGCUGAUCUCAGACCCGGACGCGCCGCUGCCGUCGCAGGAGUUGACGGUGCAGUGGCGGAUGGCGCCCACCAUUGCCGAUACCAUUCGGCCGCUCUACGAGCAAAACGGGAUCAACAUCGCCGACGCGGACAGGGUGCACAACUAUCCGCCGAUGCGUGGGUUCAACACCCGGCUUGCGUUCUUUGACCACUCGUGGCCCGAGGCCGGGGCGCAGAACGGCACGUCGUCGUCCAAGAGCAAUCUGGCCGAGGCCCAGAUGGUUGUGGCGGUGGCGGGCUUUCUCGCGCGACAGGGCUACGGCCAGAACGAGAUCACCAUUCUCACGCCGUACGUCGGCCAGCUGCAGGUCAUCCGCAGUCAGCUCCAAAAGUCCAAGCUCCGCGUGAUCAUCUCGGAUGCCGACGUCGAAGAGCUGGCGGCGCUGGCCGAGAGUGACGACGACAACGGCGAGGAAGAUGACAGUGACGCCGGGAGCUCGAGUAAGAGCAAGGGCAAGAGCGUGACGACAGCCAAGCUCGGCAGCCAGAUCCGGGUGGCGUCUGUGGACAACUUUCAGGGCGAGGAGUCAGACGUUGUGCUGGUGUCGCUGGUGCGGAGCAAUGCGGGCGGCAACAUCGGAUUCCUCAAGUGGGCCAAUCGGGCCAACGUGCUCCUCUCGCGGGCCAAGCACGGCAUGAUUCUCUUUGGCUCGGCGUCAACGUUUGAGGCGUCGGGAUCUCAGUUUUGGGCACAUGAUGUGCUGCCGAUGCUUGACGAAGCCUCUCUCCUUCAUCCUUACCUCGAGCUUGUGUGUCCGAACCAUCCCGACAAAGUGCAGCGGGUGGCAAGUGCGAGCGAUGUGGCAGCUGCAUCACCCGAGGGUGGCUGCAACGAGCUCUGCAAGACGCUGAUGGCAUGUGGACAUGUGUGCCCACUCCGAUGCCAUGUCCAAGAUCGCGAGCACUGGGCGACUCGGUGCCUUGCCCAGUGCCAGCGGGUGCCGCGCGGGUGCCCUGAUGGUCAUCCAUGCCGGAAAAAGUGCUACCAGGAGUGCGGAAAGUGCACCGAGAAGGUGCCGGUGGUAGUCGCCGACUGCCCUGCCAAGCACACGGUGACAGUCCCGUGUCACAAAGCGGCAAGUGGGACGGCCAAGUGCACCAAGAAGGUGAAGAUCAAACUCGAGCGCUGUGGACAUCUCAAGGCAACAACAUUUGCGCGCCGUUCCCGUGCUCUGCGCCGUGCCGCAUCCCUCGCUGCGACGCGCGAUGUGACAAGAAGCUGCGAGACUUGCCUCUCGCCCGAGUACUGCCGUGAGUGCAUUGUCGGCGCCGGUGACGGAUGUGCGCCGGCGGCACACGCAGACGACAUGGUGGACAUGGUGAUGUGCACGUCGCUUGUCGAGCACGACCCGGAUGAGUCACCACUCAUCCUGCUGUCAUGCGGACAUGCGCUAACAGUGGAGACGCUCGAUGGCAUCGUAACCUCUGCAGUCAGCGGACAGGUGAGUGGUGAGGAGACAGCGGCGGCGAUGCCCAGGUGCCCACACUGCCGAGCGCGGUCGGUAUGCGGGGUUGAUCGGUACGCGCGGUACGAGCUCAAGAAGGCGCGGAUGACGCAAAAGGACGGGCUUCACUUUCGACAGGCCAUGGCGACGCUGUCAAAGAAGUACUGCGCUCUCGUCGACGCCGAUCUGUCGACAGCCAAGGCUGCAAAGGUGCGCAAGCAAGUCUCGCAGCUGGUGACCCGGUGCCGUCCGCCGCAGGCCAAGUUGGGGGAGGCGAUGGCGCGACUGCGGCACGACGCGGUGCUGAGCGCUGCUGAUCAGGCACUUGUGGCUGACAUCCAGGAGAUGGUCUCCGAGGACUCGCGACUGGUAACCCGCAAGGCACUCCUUGAGUCUAUGGUGGGGAUGGCGGAGCUGGCGGAGCUGGCGCAUGAGGCUAGGAACGUGCAGACAAUCCGGGCCAAGCUGCAGAAGUCAGCGGCAGUGGUAGCAGCGCCAUCGCGUGCAGGAGCAUCAGGACGUGGCGAUUGGGCUGGGAUUGUGGCCGAUCUAGAGACAGUGGUCGACGGUGAGGUCGUUGAGGUGGAGCUUGACUCGGCGGUGGGUCGGAUGAUUGGAAACGCGCUGACAUCGUGCGGGAUGAGUGCGGAGGCAGUGGUGCGGAUCGACUCUGUCCAUGGCCAAGAGGUAUUUGAUAACGGACGCAAAAACCUCUUGGCGGCGCUGACGAAGCGGCAUCGGUCCAAGUACAGGGGCAAGGGCAAGGGCAAGGCGGCUGCUGCGAAAAAAGCCGCGGAGAAGGUGAUAGCAACCCGAGCGUACUUUCAUGGGACGAGUCAAGAGGCCGUGCGCAAUAUCGUGGACGAGGGCAACGAUGCGCGGCUGGGGCGCGGUGGCACCUUUGGUCGGGGCAUCUACACCACGCCCGAUCCACGCAAAGCCAUUUCCUACUCGAAAGGCAGUGGGUUGCUCCUCGUGGUUGCUGCGCACUGCGGCACCGAGUAUUUAGCUCCUGGGCCGCAAAGGUUCGAUCGCCCGCCCAAGAAUCAUGACUACGUCCAUGGGCGGAUUAGGGAUGGUGCGGCGUCAGAGAUUGUUUUCUACGACAACGGCUACGUGACGCCGAUGUACCUGGUGAAGGUCGGCGGAACGGAUCAGGUCGGGUUUUCGACGAGCGUGACGACACCGGCUGUGGAUACGAUGGUGGCAGAGCUUGUGGCGAGGACUAGUGUGGCUCGCCGCAAGCACGAUUCAAAUGCUGCGCAAGUCGAGGCGUUUUUCAAGUCCGAGGCCGACCCUGUGGCAAGCGCCGAGCAGCGGGCGGCGGCCAUGGUAGGUGAGGUGGACAACUGCGUGCGGCGAGUGCUUGAGGAGGCGAUGGCGGUGUGGGCGGAUUGUGGAGCAAGUCUCAAGACCGAGGUUGCGCUGCAUCUCGGCCGAGUGGUGCUUGGAUGCAUGGCGGGUGUGCAGAGUGCGCGGCCAAGUGGCGAACAGAUCCAUCUUUGGCCGGAGAUGGAAGAGGCGGUUGCGGAUGUGCUAGAAGCCUUGAGCAAGACAACGGAUGCGGCAGCGCGCGAGUCGGCGGCGGUGAUGGAGAGCAGCAUUACGCGGAUGGCUGCGGCGUUGAAGGAUGGGAUCUUCUUUCAGCCGCUCAGCGAUGCGGAGAAGGAGAGCGUCAGGACGGCCUUGGCAACGCUCAGCGCGAAAGGCGGGUGGAACAGCCAGGGCCACUUUUUCAAGUGUCCGAACGGCCACAUCUACGUCAUCACCGAGUGCGGCGGAGCAAUGGUGCAGGGAGCAUGCAACGAGUGUGGCGCAACCAUUGGUGGAGCAUCGCAUCGGCUGCGUGGAGACAAUGCUGUUGCGUCGCUUGACGAUCUGUAA